UUUACAACUAACGAUCUCCUCUGCUUUUCACACUACAAGUUAACACUACCGCUUCACUUUUUGAGGAAAAUGAAGCAUAUGAGAAAUAACAUGUUUGAUUUCUUCUUGUGUUUGCUUUACGCUGUGGCCACAACUGGUACAGUGUCAGCGACAACAUCAUCUUCGGCGUUGGAGUACUCAAGUGUUAAAAUCAGCCCAGCAUUAGCGAUAGUACUCGCUUGUGUCAUAUUAUUCGUGGUUGCAUUUUUCAUCACAUUAUAUAUACGUCACAUGAACCCCGACGAACCAAUGGGUUCUUACUUCUUCCGUCAUCGACCAGUUUCCCGUGGACUCGAACCUAAUAUCAUCGAAACUUUGCCGGUAUUUGUGUACUCCGAUGUCAAAGCCCUAAAGAUUGGCAAAUCUAUCCUAGAAUGUGCUGUUUGCUUAAACGAGUUCGAAGAUGAAGAUACUCUUCGCCUUCUUCCGAAUUGUUGCCACGUGUUCCAUCCUGAGUGCAUUGAUGCUUGGCUUGCCUUUCGUACCACUUGCCCAGUUUGCCGUGCAAAUCUCAAAACAAAACCUUCUGCUAAACUGCAAGAAACAAUUCAGCAAUCUGAGAAUGUUAGCUCAGUUUCAUCACCAGAAACAAAUGAUACAGUAAUAGAUAUUCACGUGACUGCUGGUCCACAAGAAGUGAUGAAUCAGCAGUCUUCUCAAACACCUGUUCAUAUUUGUUCAACAAAAUCUACACCAAGAAAUGAAACACCCAACUUCGCCCGCCUUGCACCAAAAUCAACACCGAGAAGGCCAAAGAUUUUUGGGAUGUUCAGCCGUUCUCACUCGACGGGUCACUCGCUGAUUCAACCUGGCGAAAAUUGCGAAAGGUUUACUCUAAGGUUACCUGAUGAUGUACGUAAAAGAUUGGUAGACUUAAGUUCCAAUAUGCCGUUUUCUCCGGAGAGAAGUUCAACUAAGGGGUACCGGUUCGAACCGGUGGAUGGCCGGUUAAGCAAGUUCCGGUUUCCACCUCCUUCAAAGGAGGAGAAUGGUGAGAAAAAGCCGAAGAAUUUGCUGAAGUCCGUUAAGUCAGUUAAGUCGCCGUUAAGUUUGUUUUGCGGGACGGAUAACGAUGAUACUGGAGAAAGAUCUUUUACUUAUUUAAGAUCAAGUACUUCAAGUUAGAUAAUUUUGUAUUUUCAUCCCCUUUUCUUUAUUUAGAUCUCACAACUCACUUGGACGAGUUUAGGGUUGUUCAAAAUCGGACCGUAACCAUUAAUCGAAUUGAAUCGAUGGCUUAUUGGCUUAUUGAUGUCGGGUUAUUGGGAUAAUGAUUUGUGAACGGAUUGAGACUUUAUAAUUACCGACUUAACGGUUCGGGGCAGAUUACUUAAUUUUCUUUUCGGAUAAACCGUUAACCGGUUAAAAUUUUUUAUACAUAUCUUUAAUUAUACCCAUUAACUAUGUGUGGAUCUACCUCCUCAGAAGACUUCAAAAGGAUUUAUUCGUUAACACACCACCU